GUCAUGUACCAAUUUUGAAUCCCAAUUUCACGUUCUUUUGUAUCGAAGAGAUUUUAGUCAAUCACAGUGUUUGAAAUAUUGGUGCGUCUAAUUUGAUAUUUUGGAUGAUUUAUUUGCUGUCAUAAUUCAAAAUGGCGGAAUACUGGAAAUCUCAGCCAAAGAAGUUUUGCGAUUUCUGUAAAUGUUGGAUAGCAGAUAACAAAGCGAGUGUUGAUUUUCAUGAAAAAGGGAAAAAGCAUCAGGAGAAUGUCAAACUGAGAAUUCAGGAGGUAAAAAAGAAGGGAUCAGAACGUCGUCAGCAGCAAGAACAAUUAAACGAUGAUUUGGCAGCCAUAGAGGAGGCUGCAUUAAAAGCAUACAAGAAAGAUAUUGGUUAUUCAAGCCAAUCCAAAAGCAAAAAAUUACAAAGCGAAACUCUACCUAAAGAAGAGCUUCAAACAAAAGACGUUUCUAGUUCAGACAAUAUUGGUUUUUCUGAUCCUGGUGCUGGGAAUGAUGUUUGGAAUGCAUACCAAACACCAGAAGGAUACUGGUAUUAUUACAAUAACCAAACUGGAGAGUCCAGAUGGGAUCCUCCAGAGGGUUUUUCAUUUCCCAUUCAGCAAAAUCAGCAGGCGUUUAGCAACAAUGAACAGAGUUCAAGUAAACAAAAUGAGGAAAUAAAAGUAAUGAAAGAUGCAUCUAACCAGAAUAAAGAAGAAGACAACGAACGCAAAGAUCCAUUUGGGAAGUGGGAAACUGUUGCUGUUUACGAAAGGAAUGAUGAUGCAGAUGCGAAAGAAGCAAUCUCUGAGAUAAAUGAUAAACAAGACAAAGUACCUGCUGUAAAAUUUAAAGAAAAACAGUUACCUGUCACUAAGAAAAAUGACAUGAAUGAUACAAACAUUACUUUUAAAAAGAGAAAAGGUAACCAAGACAAAAAACGAAGUAUAAGACAGAGGACUGAUGAUUCUUAGAUUAUCCAGCAGUAUCACUGUUCUGCUGUACUUGAAGAGUUGUUUAACAUGCAACAUCUGAGUUACACGGUAAUCUAAAGCAAUUUAAUAUUACGACAAGUGCAUAGUGGAUGUAAACUAAUAAUGGCAGAUGUGAACGAUUUGGAUUUUUUUUCACUAUAGUAGCAGGAUUCUCGACCUCGAAAUGUAUUACAUUUCUCUAAAUAUAAAACUGUUAACUUUAAAACUAAGAAACUUCUUCGAUACUGCGCUCCCUACCCGGAAAAGUAUUUAUA